ACAAGUAGAUGAAAAAAACCCCGCAUUAAUGAUGUCAAAAAAAGACGUUUAAUUUCAUAAGGCAUCAUCUUCUAGCUUGAUGUUAAGUUGUCUGUCACUUUUUAUUUUAGUAUUUUUCUACUGCUUAUCGCUAUUGACCAUCUGUCAUAUCUUGAGCAUUUGUCAAGUGCUGUCGUUCUUUCUGUUUUAUACAAUAGAUAUCGUAAAAACUUGUACUAUUCACACUAUAAAAAUAUGUGUUACGAAACCUUGAUGCUGUUGCGGAAUGUAAAACAUACGGUUGUUCAAUGUCUUAAAACAAACAAUGACAGCUACAAAAAAGUUACACUCUAUAUAUUCAUAAUCAGAGAAUGAAAACCAUCAUGUGACUAGGACAUUCUCAUGCCCCAUGAUGAGCAACGGGGAGCCUAUGCGGAUGAGAAGAGUAACAGAUUAACAAUUUGCUUUCGGCAACUUCACUCCCCAAAUAAUCAAGGAUUCUGAUUUAGUUGAGAUUUAUCAUAAAUGAAAGCUUUUUGGAGAUUACCGAAGGUUUGUCUGUUUAUCACUGGCUAUCACUUAAUACUAAAGGUUAAAGAUGUCAAUUGCAAUGAUGAAAUUUGAUGCGACUAGAAUAACCAAGUAAACCAACAUCUGCCACCAGAAGAUUUCUCCUUACGUCGAAGAUUCGUUUUUGUAGAACUCGAUAAUUUAAUUGCAUAAGAAAAUAACAUCAAAGAAUUGUAGCGUUUUGAAGACGAUCAAGUGCCGAGAUUUCAAUUCCAUCUGUGUAUUGUGCAGUGAUGUGACUAUUUACAUGGUUAUAAAACGAAACGCACUUUGAAAGUAUCUUACACAAGAUAUAAAAGUUGGCGAAGCUGCUGCCAGAAAGUGUUGAAAAUCCUUCCAUAUUUGAGACAAAAAGAGUUCAAGUACAAUUUGUUUGCAUUAUUGUUUUUAUGGUUUGGACAAAUUGCGAAACAUGAACUUCUAAUUAACAGGUAAAAGGAAACAGCUGCGUUAGAUCGAGCCCUAUAACCUACGCAAAUGAUAAUAAUACAUUUACGUUCUGUAAACUUCUGAUUUAUUUCAGAGAUUAGGAUUGUAUGUUGAUGUCACUUAUAGAUGAAAAGGGAGUCAAACUAAUUGUACUGCUAUCUAAAUUUUGCUUAUUUUAUAAAGUACAAGCGACAUUUCGAGGUACAUUUAAACAUUGGCAAGUGAAACCGUGAUAGUGAAAUCGUGAUAGUGCUUCCUUUCAAAUUUCAUGAACAAAUGUUGACAUUGUGUCUUGUUUGACGUUGCUUUGUUUAUGUUCGUCAGCAAACAAACCCACAUAGCUACCUUGAACUUAUUUUCUUGAAGAUUAGAAAAGAACCUAUCAAAUUGCUCGAGCCACGUCAACCACGUACGUAGUUGAAUCACCAAAGGAUCAAUGGCAGAAAAGAACGACGUCACGGGAUCAACAAUGGAAAAGAAAUUGUUGGGAGUCGAAACUCCUGAUGGAAGUGGUUUUAGUUCAAAAUAUGAUGCAUAUCAAUAUCAAGUUCAAUCAAACAAAAACCAAUCGUCCGUGCUCGUUCAAGACUCCAGCCAAAACACUUCUCCAGGGAUCGAACGCAUCCAGUCUUUCUCAGAGUUAAAGCAUAAAUUUGAGACAUGUGGCAAUAAUAAUGAAGAGAGUCAAGGAGCUGCCCCGUGUAAAACGCUAACCACAAGUUUUAAACUCGAAGAUCUACGACAUCUUUGGACCAGUUUGUCUGUCUCGACUGGCUCACGGCCAAUUAAUGAUGUGUUCGAUGAUAAACAUAGCCGACCAAACGAUCUUUCCGUAAUCCGUGAAAAAAUUGCAAACGCAAAAAAAGAGCUUGCUGAAGCAAACCAUUGCCGGGAGGUAGCAGAGCAAGGAAUCGUUGUUGCCAAGCAACGGAUAACGCAAUCUAAACAGAAGUCUAAGUUAUUGCGAGAUCAGCUUCAAAUUCGUGAGGAUGACUUAAAUCGCAAAGAAAGAAAACUUAGCGAAUUGAAGAAAAGGCUUGCAGCAAAAGAGGUUCAAAUACAGGAAACCCAUGAAACAAUGGUUUAUUACAAAAAGGAUAUUGAACAAGAGUCUGAGCUAAUUGAACAACUAUUGCAUAAUAUUGAAAAAGCGAAGAGUAAAAAACGUGAAAACGUGCGGGAGAUCCGCAGUCUUGCUCACAAGAUAUCGCCACUUAAAGCUAAUAUUGUAAAGGUCGAAACGAGAUUAGAAGAAGCGCAAAAAAAGUCACGACGUUUUGAAGACAUUUUGACGAAAUUAUCAAUAAAACUGAGAAAUACUCGCACUAUGCAAGAGUACGCGGCCAGAAGAACGUCUUUUAAAGGUUCGGAAAUUAAAGAUGUCAAACAAAAGAUCAGGGAGAAAAAAGAGCAACUUAAAAAGGCAAAAACUGACCUAAAUUUUGUUGAAUAUCGAAAGGAGUUACUUACUGAACAAUUAAGGGACUGGAAAAACGACAUUGACAAUUUAGUAAUGAGACUAAAUCCAUAUCGACAGCAACGAGCUUUAGGCUUCAUUUACACUCGAAUACCAAUGAGUGAAGAAUUGUAAAAUUUUUCUAAUAGUUUCAUAUUUUUUGCAAUUGUAAUAUUUAACAACAUUGGGAUUGAGACCCCGAUUCACUUGAAAAGAAUUGUUUUUUUACAAUGUUUGAUAAAGGAAUGUUCAAAAUAUUUAUAUUUUAUUUCUUAUAAAUUGCUCAUCAAUUAUUUUUCUUGAUACUUUAAUGGAAAUGCUAGCCUGCGUGCAAAAAUUUCCUACGAAAUAUCAUCUAUAAAUCAAUUAUAUAUAUUCUUAGCCAUGUGUGAAA